UGGAGGGACGCACAUGCAAGCGUCAGUAACUUAGAGUCUGUCAAAAAAGUAUUUCUAGGGAAAUAAGCCGAGUCGUGUGACACAAGCUGAUAAUGUAUUAAUGCGCUUUUUUUUAAUAGCAUACAACUUUGUGCUCAUCCGUUCAGCCUGUUCUGAAAAAGAUAAGGAGAACAUAUGAGUUUGUGACUGGAAGAGGCUCCGCUGUCUGCGCGCUGACGCACGGCACAGGUGCGCACCCGCCAAGCUCGACGCGUUUGUUUUUGUGUAAAAGACUCUGCAGUCCACCUGAGUGAAGCCGCCAUGGAGAAAUCGAGAAACUUCAGAAUUGACGCCCUGCUUGCUGAUGAGACCAACCGGGGGAGCCGAGACCUCUCCCCGGGUCUGAACAGCGACAGCCCCGCAGGCAGCCCGGUCUCCUGCCGCCGAGGGGACACCCCGUCUCCGCGGGCCGCACACCUUCAGACCGGAAUAAUCCCCAAACCGGGUAUCCUAAAUCUCCCGCAUCCAGGACUCGCUUCGAUUCCCGGCAUGUAUCCUGCACCCAUGUACCCAUUAUCGGCGUUGGGUGGCCAGCACCCCGCCUUCGCGUACACCGGCUUCACACAGCUCACACAGACUUACCCAGAGCACCUGAAGGCGGCUGCCAUGGCGGGAUCUCUGGAGCACUGGAUCCGCGCAGGGAUCAUGCUGCCUCGGCUGCCAGAUUACAGCUGUGAGUAUGAUCGGAUAAGAUUCUCGGGCCCUCAGUCUGGUCUGUUGGGGAAGUGCCGGAGGCCCCGCACCGCCUUCACCAGUCAGCAGCUGCUGGAGCUGGAGAACCAGUUUAAGCUCAACAAGUACCUGUCCAGACCCAAACGCUUCGAAGUGGCCACCUCACUCAUGCUGACUGAAACACAGGUCAAAAUCUGGUUCCAAAAUCGGAGAAUGAAGUGGAAACGCAGCCGGAAGGCGAAAGAGCAGGCCACAGCCUCGGCCCAGUCUGAAGCACAGCGACUACGCAGCGGAGGGAAAGCAGCCAAAGACAAAUCUGAUGAGAGCAGACAAGCUGUGAACCCAGACGACAGAGGAAUAGAGCUUGAUCUGGAGGAUGGAGAAGAGGAGGAAGAGGACGAGGAGGAGGACGAGGAGGAGGAAGAAGAGGAGGAAGCCCAGCAUGGUUUUCCUGUUGCUAUGGGUAAUGGCAUAGGGAUGCCACGAUCCACGGACUUCUUGCAGCGCAGCACUGAUGUUGGCUACAGUCCCCACAGCCCUUUCUCUGAUGAUGAGCUGGAGGGAGUGCAAGUAGGAGGAGGUGACAGGAAGAUCGGAGCGGGACUGUGAAAAGACACCCAGAGACGUUACACUGGGACAUGUCUGUGUUUGUGGUGACUAGAGAAGACAUUUCCAGACCUAAAGAACUUUGUCUGGUCUGUUAUGUGAAGUAUUAUGUGUUCCAUUCAGGACAUUUGUUGGAGUCACUAAUUAUUCACACAGAUACACAUAGGUUUAUAACACAAAUAUACUGUAUAAACUAUCUGUGAAUAAAAUCAUCCCUAAGUACUGUACAUUUCGUAGCAUGCUGAAAAAAGGUGCUAAUUUCCGCACUAAAUUUAGCUGUUUUCAUGGGUCAUCACCUUCUGGUCACCUUGUCUUUGCUUCAUCCACUGACAGCAGCGGCUCCACCCAGUGAACACACACACACGACUACAAGAAUGAAGGAUGUGAAGUACGACAAGUGAACUGUGGUGCGUUCAGACAGCGUGAGAAUGUACAGUAGGUGCAGCAUCCACUGCAUCAUGAAGACAAAAAAAAAGUCAAAGUAAAACAAGCUGUGUGCUGUUGAGACUGAAUCCUGAAUAUCCCAUGCAUUACAUUGACUUUUGUGCAUUUUAUGUGUAUAAGGAUGUUUCUUUUGUUCUUGAUGGUGUUUCUGAAUUUGUUCUUGUCACUUACAUGUAAAUGAACUUAAUUUAUUUGAAUGAUUGCAAAGAUGAAUCAUACAUGCAUUUAUCUGAAACUUGUUUGUGGUGUAACUGUGAAAUUAAAAAAUGACAGCAAAAAAUAAAUGAAAAAUGAGCUGAAGUAAUUUAAUAUUUGAUUAAUAUUCCUGAUUAGUUUGUCCCAUCAAAUGUUAAUAAAUAACAACAAUAAAAUAGUGAUAACAAAGGGCAGCC